AUGAUGAAAAGGGUCAUGUUACCUACAUGCAAAAGUAGAAUAAGUAAUGUUUUAAAUUUAUAUUCAAAUCGUGUAAAUAAUUAUGUCGUUGGAAAUAGCCAUACUUCAACUACAAUCAGUAAAUCAUACAUUAUUAAUAACAAUAAUAUAGGAACAAAAAGAUAUUUGUUCACCACUAAUACCGUUGAUAUUGCUCAUGUCAGCAAUACUGCCAAGAGUCCUUCUAUAAAUAACACCAAACCGCCAACGGCAGUUGUUUUCAUGAACAUGGGCGGUCCUUCCACGGUUGAUGAAACUAAUGACUUUUUAUAUCAAUUGUUUUCAGAUAAUGAUCUAAUCCCAAUAAGCAAGAAAUAUCAACACAUUAUAGCAAAAUAUAUCGCCAAGUUUAGAACUUCUUCAAUUGAAGAGCAAUAUAAGGUGAUUGGUGGUGGUUCUCCAAUUAGAAAAUGGUCAGAAUAUCAGGCCAGCGAAGUUUGUAAGAUCUUGGAUAAGACGCGCCCAUUGACUGCCCCACACAAACCUUAUGUCGCAUUUAGGUACGCUAAGCCAUUAACUGAUGAAACUUACAAACAAUUGUUAAAAGAUGGUGUUAAAAGAGCCAUUGCAUUUUCUCAGUACCCUCAGUUUUCUUAUUCUACAACAGGUAGUUCUAUAAAUGAAUUGUGGAGACAAAUCAAAAAAUUGGAUCCUAACAGGUCUGUUAUUUGGUCUUGUAUUGAUCGUUGGCCAACACAUCAUUCUCUGAUUAAGGCAUUUGCUUCUAACAUUAAGGGCGCUUUGAGCGAAUUUUCAGAAGAUGUUAGGUCCAAUGUUACUCUAUUAUUCAGUGCGCAUUCAUUGCCAAUGGAUGUGGUCAAUACUGGUGAUGCCUACCCUGCUGAAGUCGGUGCCACAGUUUAUGCAGUUAUGAAGGAAUUGAAUUUUUCUAAUCCUUACAGACUAGUUUGGCAAUCACAAGUGGGUCCCAAGCCAUGGUUAGGCGCACAGACUUUAGAAAUUUCUAAAUUUUUGGGUCCAAAAUCACAUGGGUUAUUGUUCAUCCCUAUUGCAUUUACAUCGGACCAUAUUGAAACUCUAUUCGAAAUCGAUAAGGGCAUUAUUGAGGCUUCUCCUCAUAAACAUAAGUUCAAGAGAUGCCCCAGUUUAAAUGGUAGUGAUAUCUUCAUCAAGGGAUUAGCUGAUCUGGUUAAAGAACAUUUGGACAGUAAUACUUUAUAUUCCAAGCAAUUACCUCUAGAUUUUGUUUUGGGUAAAUCUAAUGAUCCAAUUACUCAUCCUUCAGAAGUUUUUGGCGACCAUUCGAAAAACCUAAUUAAAGAAGAAGAAAAAAAUUGA